UUCUCUACGCUUUGCGCAUUUCAAAAGUGACAAAAUGGCGAAUGAAGCAAGUAAAUUGCUCCUUUCUACACAACAAGAAAAACCAAAUCAUUACACGUACUUAAAGGAAUUUCGGGUCGAACAGUGUCAGUCUUUUCUGCAACACAAAUGUAACCAACAUAGACCAUUUGUAUGCUUCAAUUGGCAUUUCCAAAACCAACGCCGCCGUCGCCCUGUCCGCAAACGAGAUGGUACUUUCAAUUAUAGUGCAGAUAAUUAUUGCACCAAAUACGAUGAAACUACAGGCAUAUGUCCUGAUGGUGACGACUGUCCAUUUCUUCAUCGCACCGCGGGUGAUACUGAAAGACGCUACCAUUUGCGUUACUACAAAACCUGUAUGUGUGUACAUGACACCGAUAGUCGUGGUUAUUGUGUCAAAAAUGGGCAUCAUUGUGCCUUUGCGCAUGGCAUACAGGAUCAACGUCCACCGGUAUAUGAUAUUAAGGAAUUGGAAUCCUUACAGAAUGCAGAGCUGGCUCUCGACGGUACAAACGCACAAAAUGCGCUGGAUAAAGAACGCAAUCUUAUGAAUGAGGAUCCCAAAUGGCAGGAUACUAAUUAUGUUUUGACGAAUUACAAGACGGAACCAUGCAAACGUCCACCGCGACUUUGCCGCCAAGGCUACGCUUGUCCACAGUAUCACAAUAGUAAGGACAAACGACGAAGUCCACGCAAAUUUAAGUACAGAUCCACACCAUGUCCCAAUGUAAAGCAUGGUGAGGAAUGGGGUGAGCCUGGUAAUUGUGAGGCUGGCGACAAUUGUCAAUAUUGUCACACACGUACCGAACAACAAUUUCAUCCGGAAAUUUACAAGUCAACUAAAUGUAAUGAUGUACAACAAGCUGGCUACUGUCCACGUAGCGUCUUUUGUGCUUUUGCACAUGUGGAACCUUGCCCUAUGGAUGAAUUGCGUGAGAAUGCACUCUCUGCCAGUUUGGCCAACUCAAGUUUAUUAUCACGUUCCUCGGCGCCAAUUAACAUUCCUAAUUCUACACUAAACAACUCCAUGAACGGUGAGUAUUACAAUUCUGCCGGAUUUUCCGUCAACAUUCCAAGCAACUCGCUAACAUACAGCCCAACCAGUCAUAGCAACCUAUUUAGCGUAUCAGAUGCAUUUAACUAUAGCGGUUCCAAUACAAAUAAACUAAGUAAUUCACUCUCAGCGGCCACGCAAAAUGACAGUAGCAGCUUGUUUUUCCCAUCUCGCAUCAUAUCUCCAGGUUUUGCUGAUGGUUUAUCAAUAAGUCCCUCCGUUAGAAUUUCCGAACUAAACUCAAUACGUGAUGACAUCAACAGCAGUUCUGUUGGGAAUAUGUUGUUCGAUAACACUUUGUCAACCACUAAAAAUGCAUUCUCACUGCAAUCACUACAAAAUCAAAAUAACUCCGAUGUUAAUCGUUUAUCAACAGAAUUAAUGACGAAAAAUUCACAAAUUGUAAAGCUAACGAAUCGAAUUGAUGAGACAGCUAGAAAGUUAAAUUUAACGGAAUUGCAACGUGACAAAGCCAAGCAGGAGGCUAUCGAGUGGAAAGAUCGUUAUGAUUUAGCGCAAACUCAGCUUCAUUUGUCUACCGAGCUGCGCAAUUUAUCGAUACAAAAGCUAAAACAACUGCAGUCGAAAUUACGCACAGAUUUAGAGGAGGUAGAGAAGGUUUUAUACUUGGAGAACGCCAAGAAAUGCAUGAAAUGUGAGGAGAACAAUCGUACUGUCACCUUAGAGCCAUGUAAUCAUUUCAUACUAUGUGAUUCUUGCGCCUGUUCAGUGACGGAAUGUCCCUACUGUCAGGUGUCCGUAGUCACAACACACACUUAAGUAAAACAAAAACAAAUUAAAUACGAUCGCAUAAGAAAAGGGCGUAGAGCAUUAGUAUAAAGAAAUGUUUAGGUAUAUUUGCUCCAAUCAAAUUAUUUAUUAAAAAUGUAAAAAAUAGGUUCUCAAAUAACAAAGUAUUGAGCAAACAGAGCUGGGUAAUAGAAGUAUUCAUUAUAAAAGUUAUGAAUUGAAUUGAAAAGUUAUGUAACGCAUACAUACUAACAUAAAUUGUGUUAUUCGCACAAUUAGCGAAUAAUUUUAGGUGUCAAAAAUCAGUGAAAUUAUAUAUAUAUACACACAUAUGUAUAUAGCGUAUAUUUGAUGAAAUUGUGAAAAUAGUUCUAUGCGAAUUUUCGUAACACUAACUUCCAGUUAAAAAGUGAAAAGCAAAAAAGCAAUUAAUCAAGAAGCAAUGAAAUAUGUUUCUUUUACAUUUUUUGCACUUAAAACAAAUAACUUAUCCAAGAGUUUUAUUUAAUUGCAUACAUAUUGAUAGCACUGUCACCUAUUUUAUAACAUUUUUUUUUUAGCAUUUUUCCAUUUCGUUUUCAAGGCAAUUGCAUAUUUUUGUGUAACAUAAUGUUUAAGUUAACAAAUGCAAAUUUGUAUAAACUAAUGAAGUAAUAUCCAUGUUUAUAUAUUUUUUUUUAUUUUAAGCCGUCAGUAUAUUUACAUUUUGUAUUCGAAUUUUAUUUUUAAGUUCAUAAACAUUACAAGACACAAACAAAAAAAUGUGACAACAACAACAAAUAUGGUUACACAAGGAUUUACACAAAUCUACUAUUAUUUAUAAUUUAUUUACGAUAAAUUUUCAUUUAGGCAAACAAAAAACUGUAAAAUUAGUAUUCCAUAUUCACUUGCAUAGUAUUAAAUUUAGACUUUUACCAGUGCAUCCUUACAGCCGUUUACAUUAAUAUGUACUAAUUUAGGUUAAAUAACAAAGUUUUCGUUCUACACAUAUUUAGCAAUGCAGUUUUAACGCUUGCAUUGCAGUGAUUUUUCAUGAUCAUUAAAACUUAAACAUAAUUUGUAUUAUUUAAAAAAACGCAUUGUUAUUUGGAGAUUGCUAACGGCAUAGCAAAUUUGGGAAAUAUGUUCUUAUUUUUUUUUUUAAUUUCUGAAACUUCUACGGCAGUGAGAUUUACGAUCUGUGUGCAAGUUGUCAAGGUAGCUUAAUCGAUUCCUUUGUUAAUGGGUUACGUUUUAUUAUGUUCUUACAUUAACUUGAGUCACUUGUGGUUGAGUUGCGAACGUUCCGUCACUUAGUUUGUGUUACGCUAAGUCACAUUUACUUGGUUUAUGUUACGUUACGUCACCUAAACCUAAGUUUCGUUAUGUAACGUCACAUAAAUUUAAGUUAUGUUGCGUUAAGUCACAUUAACUUGCCUUUUUUAACCCUACGUCACAUUACUUUAGAUUAUGUUACGUUACGUCACUUUAAGAUGCGUUAUGUUACAUGCACCUAAGUUACGUUACGUUACAUUAACCUAAUAUAUGUCACGUAAAGUCAUAUUAAUAUCCAAAUAACGUUAAGUCAACUCAAUUCUACUUAAGCUACCUCAAAAACUUAUCACAGUUGUAUGUACAUACAUAUGAAUAUGAAGUAAUUACCAGGACAAAUGAUAGUUCUAAUUAAAAAAACAAAAUAUUACAGACCACUAGCCACUCUCUUUUCGAUUCUCAUUAUUUCCUCUAACGCGAAAUGACUUAAAAUACUCAAUGUGAUGAAAAUUAUUCAUCCUACACACAUAUUUUUGUUAGCAACAUUUAAUUGCCUACUUUUAGGCACUUGGUUUACUUGUCACU